GGCCCGCCCCGUGAGUCGUCGCUCGCCGAAGCCGAUGGGCCCCGGAGGCUGUGUGGCGCGGCGGCUCGCGUCGCUGCUGUGGCGUAGGGCUCUCUCCGCGGCAGCGGGGCCCUCGGUGGGCUCCGGGCCGCGGCUUGGGCUGCUGGCCGCGGGGCGGCUUAAGGCGGGACCGGCGCUGGGCCGGGCCUGCCUGACCCCGGACCGCGCGCGCGGCCUGCACGGCGGACCGGGCCUGGAGGAGCGGGCGGAGGGGGCAGCCGGUCGGGGGCGCCCGGAGUCGGGCACUGCAGAUCAUACCGGUCCCAAGUUUGACAUCGAUAUGCUGGUUUCACUCCUGAGGCAAGAAAAUGCAAGAGACAUUUGUGUGAUCAAGGUUCCUCCGGAAUUGAAAUAUACAGAUUACUUUGUGAUUGGUAGCGGAACUUCCACCCGACACUUGCACGCGAUGGCCCACUACAUUGUGAAAAUGUAUAAAUACCUGAAAUGUAAAAGUGAGCCUCAUGUUAAGAUUGAAGGGAAGGACACUGAUGACUGGCUGUGCGUGGACUUUGGCAGCAUGGUGAUUCACUUGAUGCUUCCAGAAACCAGAGAAACCUAUGAAUUAGAGAAAUUAUGGACCCUACGUUCUUAUGAUGACCAGUUAGCACAGAUAGCACCUGAGACUUUACCUGAAGACUUCAUUCUUGGAAUAGAAGAGGACACUUCAUCCCUGACUCCAGUGGAGUUCAAAUGAGAAUAAAAUGAUACGAAUUGUUUUAGUCAUUAUCAGAAUUGGAUUGAGUUACUUCUUAAAAAUACAGCUCUCAAACUCCACCUGAUUGGUCAGGUUGUUGUCAAAACAAGCCUUAUCUGUGGGCACACAUGCUAAAUAAAUGAAUGUGGAAAAUUGUAGGUAAGUGAGCUGAUUGUCACACCAAGAAUCAGUACAUUUAAACUAAAAUUUUAAUAUAUUGUUUUUAUUCCUGAGAUCCCAGCAGGAUUUCCCAGAGUUAACAUUGGCCCCUGUACUCUGCCCAGUUUGAUUUUGCCUAAGUGUAAAUCUUAUUCUGGAACAGCCAUUUUUUUUUUUAAAUAAAGCAAAAAAUAUAACCA